GCCCUUUGGCCUUUGGGCCGCAACAUUUGAUAGCCACAAAGUCUAAAACAGCGAACAUAUACUAAAACCUCAGCAAAAUCUUACCUUUCUGCCUCCUGUCACCUUCAAACACUCUUAUUCUUCCACAAUCCGCAGUAACAGCCUAAAUUGGAUAAGAAACUCAGGCAGCCUUCGCGCAAAGUAAGCUUCUUUCCUCAAACUUCUCCCGUCUUCUCCUACAACUAAUUAUCCCUGAAAUUGUUCAAAUUUUUUUGUAGGUAUUUUUAGUUUCAAACUUAGUUCUAACUUCUAAGUAGAGUGCUCAUUUCAUUUCUGUGCAAAAUCAUGUGGUAAACAAUCAUAUAAUUACAUUAAUAAGGUUCAAUUAUGGAUGUUAUGAUACCUACUAAGAAAACUCAUGAUGGGUUUUGCUCAUUUUAUGGUGUGCAAAAUAAUAGUUCAAGAAACAGUGGUUUAAGAGCUAGAGUUGGCACUAGGGUUAGUUCAGACAAGGUUUUUCUUACCUCUAAGAUAAGUUAUAUUGAUAUAUCAGUUGAUUUUCCUGAUUUGAAGAAAAAAAGGUUGUGUAGAAAACAGAAGAAAAGUUUGGUUUGUUGUGUUUCUAAGAAUGAACCUUUGGCUAUUAAUGGUAGACGUUCUCACUAUGAAAGGAACUCUCGCGAGCAAUUUGAUGUUGAUAGUUCAUCUUUAGUUUCUGCUAGUCCUACUUAUGAUGAAUUUGAGAGUAAUAAUCAUCUUCGUCGAUUGGUUAGGAAUGGGGAACUUGAUGAGGCUUUUAGAUAUCUUGAAAGUAUGGUUUAUCGAGGCGAUAUCCCUGAUAUUAUUCCAUGUACUAGUUUGAUUCGCGGGUUUUGUAGGGUUGGUAAAACUAGGAAGGCCACUAGGGUAUUGGAAAUUCUCGAGGAUUCGGGAGCUGUUCCUGAUGUGAUAACUUAUAAUGUUUUGAUUAGUGGGUAUUGUAGAGCUGGGGAGAUGGAUAAUGCUCUCAAGCUUCUUGAUCGGAUGAGUGUUGCUCCAGAUGUUGUGACUUACAACACCAUCUUGCGUAGUUUGUGUGAUAGUGGGAAACUAAAGCAGGCAAUGAAGGUUCUUGAUCGGCAGAUGGAGAGGGAAUGUUACCCUGAUGUGAUCACUUACACAAUUUUGAUUGAAGCAACUUGUAAGGAAAGUGGGGUUGGCCAAGCAAUGAAGCUUCUCGAUGAAAUGAGGAGCAAAGGCUGUAAGCCUGAUGUGGUCACCUAUAAUGUUCUUAUAAAUGGGAUUUGCAAGGAAGGAAGAUUAGAUGAGGCGAUCGAUUUUUUGAAUAACAUGGUUUCACUGGGUUGCAAACCAAAUGUGAUUACGCAUAAUAUUAUCUUAAGAAGCAUGUGUAGCACCGGAAGGUGGAUGGAUGCUGAAAAAUUGUUGACUGACAUGCUUGGAAAAGGUUGUUCUCCUAGCGUUGUUACCUUCAACAUACUGAUUAAUUUCUUGUGUAGGAAGGGUUUGUUGGGUCGGGCAAUUGAUAUGCUGGAUAAGAUGCCAAAACAUGGAUGUACCCCCAACUCUUUGAGUUACAACCCUUUACUCCAUGCAUUUUGCAAAGAAAAGAAGAUGGAUAGGGCACUUGAAUACCUUGGUAUAAUGGUCUCUCGGGGGUGUUAUCCAGAUAUUGUUACCUACAACACACUUCUUACAGCUUUAUGCAAAGAUGGGAAUGUUGAUGUUGCUUUGGAAAUUUUAAAUCAAUUAAGUAGCAAAGGUUGCUCACCUGUACUGAUUACCUACAACACAGUGAUUGAUGGGCUUGCAAAGUCGGGGAAAACAGAACAUGCUAUAAAGCUUCUGGAUGAGAUGCAGAAGAAGGGUUUGCAACCCGAUAUAAUAACUUAUUCUUCACUUGUUUCAGGGCUUAGUAGAGAGGGAAAGAUCGAGGAAGCAAUUAAAUUCUUCCAUGAGAUAGAAGGGCUAGGAAUACAACCUAAUGCAAUUACCUAUAACUCUAUCAUGUUGGGGCUUUGCAAAGCUCGAGAUACUGCUCGUGCUAUUGACUUCUUGGCAUUUAUGGUAUCAAGAGGUUGUAAGCCUACUGAAACUACAUACACCAUUCUUGUUGAAGGUAUUGCAUAUGAAGGUUUAACUAAGGAGGCUUUGGAGUUAUUGAGUGAGUUGUGUGCUAGAGGAUUUGUGAAGAGAAGUUCAGCUGAACAGGUAGCUGUGAAGAUGUAGAUCAAAGGAAUCUAGUCCUAGUAAGCUAUGUUCCUUCCUUUUGCUCAACAUCGAUUGUAAUUCUAUGCUCUCGUCGUUUCUUUAAUUUUGUUGCUUACCCCGCUUCUCUGAAGUUAGUGAUGUUGGGAUUCAAUUUUGUUUGUGGUCUUGAAUAUCCUUCUGCAUAGCUCAGAUAUCAGUAUGUCUUAUGUAAGUUUUGAUUAUGAUUAAUGAAGCUCUUUUGUACUAAAAUGUAUCAUCUCCCUGCUUAUCUGUGUAAUUUUGAGCUGAUGACCUCUAUCUUACUUGUAAACUCGUAAUUAAUUCUUUUUCAAUUCA